UUCUUUUUCAAACCCGAAUCUCUCCCCCUCUCUCUCUCUCUCUCUCUCUCUCUCUCUCUCUCUCUCUCUCUCUCUCUAUAAACCUUAGGAGAAAGAAGAGAGGUCUUCCAGCCCAACCCACCUGAUUUCUGGUGAAACUAUCAGCCACCGACGUGCCUGAUAUAAGAGAAGUGCACAAGCUUGUUAGAAAAAAGAGCGGUUUUCCGGCUACUUGGUAGUGGUUUCCCGUAGAAACACAGAUGGGUGACAUCCUUACCGACCUUUUCAACGACCCUGGCUUCUGUGACACGUCGGCCUUGGAAGGGCCGUCUUCACCGGAGAACCUCUUCAGCAUCCUUGAGACCCUCGACUGCGUUCCCUGCUCGCCGGAGGUCUCCAUGCCACCCUUUCCUGUGCCACUCCCCAGCGCGAAAUCGGAUGACCGGAACUCCGUCACCAACCGAAAGCCGACUCUGUUGGGCUGUCGCCGAGGGGCCGAACAGGUGGUCUCUGAAGCAGAUGCCGAAGCAAAGCGUAACAGCAGCAAACGGCUUAAGGCAGCGGGACAGAACGCUGUCAAGGAGGAGGUAAUGGCGGACGGCCAACCACGCGUGUCACACAUCACGGUCGAGAGGAACCGAAGGAAGCAAAUGAACGAGCAUCUUUCUGUUCUACGUUCGCUCAUGCCUUGCUUCUACGUAAAAAGAGGGGAUCAAGCAUCGAUCAUAGGAGGGGUGGUGGAGUUCAUAAAGGAACUGCAAACGGUGUUGCAGUCUCUAGAGGCAAAGAAGCAAAGAAAGGCCUACAGCGAUGUGCUGAGCCCCAGGUCAGUUUCAAGUCCUAGACCCAUGUCAAGCCCCAGGCCCGCGCCUCUGAGCCCAAGAAUGAGCCUCCCCAUAAGCCCAAGGACUCCACAGCCAGCCAGCCCUUACAAGCCCAAGUUGCACCUUCAACACCAACAUCAGCAGCAACAGCAAGCACAGUCGCUGUCUUUUGUUAUGACUCCCUCCUUAAACUCCCCUCGUGAGGUUCACCACUACGACAACGGAGUGAAGGACCUCGCCGCCAACUCCAAGUCUCCGGUCGCCGACGUGGAAGUGAAGUUCUCCGGCCCCAACGUGCUGCUCAAGACCGUCUCACACAGGAUCCCCGGCCAGGCCCUUAAGAUAAUGACCGCCCUUGAGUGUCUGUCUCUGGAGAUACUCCAUGUCAGCAUAAGCACCGUUGACGACACCAUGCUCAACACUUUCACGAUCAAGAUUGGCAUCGAAUGCAAACUCAGCGCCGAAGAGCUCGCCCACGAAAUCCAGCAGACAUUCCAUCAACCCUAUUGAAGCAGAACUGUUUCCCUCUGCAACCCUAUGAAAGAAAACGAAACCCUAAUCUCUAGCUAACUAAGAGCCUAUCAUGUCCUUCUUUCUCUUUGUAUUUUUCUCUUUUUUCUGUUUCUGUGCUAUCAAUUCAGCGAGGUGCUGCUACAUGUAAAAGAUGACCUAUCAGUUUUUUGUUUGGACGAAUAGAGAAGAUGCGGCGGCUGCUGCUUUUAAUGGAGCAA